UGGCACCUACCCGAACUGGAAGAGAGUGGUGCCAGCCCUCAAGAUGGCGGCGGUUUACCGAAACGCCCGUUUGCGAUCAUCUCGGCGCCCUCACUCAAAAUGGCGUGGGCGGCUUCGGGAGGUUUCCGGUGAACUUCCGGUUCCGGGUGAAAGGAGGCGGCGGGGCCUAGCGGCGGUGGUUCCCGGUGUCGGCGGCGGUUCCCGGUAUCGGUGGGAUCAUGUCGGAUACGUGGAGCUCCAUCCAGGCCCAUAAAAAGCAGCUGGAUUCGCUGAGGGAGCGGCUGCAGCGGCGGAGGAAGCAGGAUCCGCUGGACCCCCGCCACGCCGACCCCUCCCACGCGGCCCCUCCCCCACCCCCCCCUACCCCCACCCCGGGUUCCCUGCCCCCUCCGGGCGGGGGAGGGGCGUCAUCCCUCACCCCCGGCACGCCGGGAACGCCCGCGACCUCAUCGACCGCCGCCGCGACCACCUCCUCCUCCUCCUCGUCGUCGCCGCCGCCGCCGUCCGCCAGCGACCGCGCCCUCGAGCGCCGCCUCCUCCUCCACCUCGCCGACCUCGCCCUGCCCCUCCCCACCGACGCCCUCGCCAUCUGCCGCGCCAUCGCCACCCCCGACGCGCCCGUCGCGCGCAGCGGCGUGGAGAGCUUGCUGGAGAAGUUCGCGGCGCAGGAGCUGAUCGAGGUGAGGAGGGGGUUGCUCCAAGACGACCCGUCGCAACCGACGCUGGUGACCUACGCCGAUCACUCCAAACUCUCCGCCAUGAUCGGCGCUGUGACGGAAAACGGAGGGAUUCAACUCAAAAACGGGGCGGGGAAGAAAAGGAGAGCGGAACAGGAUGGCGGAGGGAUGGCGGCGACGGCGGCGGCGACGAUGGCGGCGGUGGCGGGAGGGGGCGAAGCGGGGAAGGAAACGGCGAAGAAGUCGCGGAAGCAGGCGUCCGACGUGGACCUGGAGAUCGAGAGUUUGCUGAGUCAGCAGUCCACCAAGGAGCAGCAGAGCAAAAAGGUCAGCCAGGAGAUCCUGGAGCUGCUCAACACCACCACGGCCAAGGAGCAGUCCAUCGUGGAGAAGUUUCGGUCGCGGGGCCGGGCCCAGGUCCAGGAGUUCUGUGACCACGGCACCAAGGAGGAGUGCGUGAAGGCCACCGGCGCUGACCGGCCGUGCCGAAAGCUCCACUUCCGCCGCAUCAUCAACAAGCACACCGACGAAUCCCUGGGCGACUGCUCCUUCCUCAACACCUGCUUCCACAUGGACACCUGCAAGUACGUCCACUACGAGAUCGAUGCCUGCCCCGAGACCCCGCCCCGCACCCCGCCCCAGCCCCGCCCACGCGACCGCAGCCCCACCCAGGACCUCACACGCGCCGCGCCCUCCGACGCCGGCGCUGACCGCCUCUUCCCUCCUCAGUGGAUCUGCUGCGACAUCCGUUACCUGGAUGUCAGCAUCCUGGGGAAAUUCGCCGUGGUCAUGGCCGACCCGCCCUGGGACAUCCACAUGGAGCUGCCCUACGGCACGCUCACCGACGACGAGAUGCGUCGCCUCAACAUCCCCGUGCUGCAGGACGACGGCUUCCUCUUCCUAUGGGUCACCGGCAGGGCCAUGGAGCUGGGCCGCGAGUGCCUGAACCUCUGGGGGUACGAGCGGGUGGACGAGAUAAUUUGGGUGAAAACGAACCAAUUGCAGCGAAUCAUCCGCACCGGCCGCACCGGCCACUGGCUCAACCACGGCAAAGAGCACUGCCUGGUGGGGGUGAAGGGAAACCCCCAGGGCUUCAACCGGGGUUUGGACUGCGACGUCAUCGUGGCUGAGGUUCGCUCCACCAGCCACAAACCCGACGAGAUUUACGGGAUGAUCGAACGCCUCUCGCCCGGCACCCGCAAAAUCGAACUUUUCGGGCGCCCCCACAACGUCCAACCCAAUUGGAUCACUUUGGGGAACCAGCUGGACGGAAUUCACCUCCUCGACCCCGACGUGGUGGCUCAGUUCAAGCAACAUUAUCCCGACGGCAUCAUCUCCAAACCCAAAAAUAUGUAACUUUUUUUGGGGGGAAAUUAGGGAAAUUUUGGGGUUUUUUUUCCUUUCUGAAAAGACCGAGAGAAUUUAAAAAAAACCCAAACCACAGGGCCUGUUUCGGCGCUGCGAAACACCCCCCUCCCCCAAAAA